AUGUCAGUGAUAUCGGGAUCAGAGAUUAUUGCCAACUCCCUGGUGCAGCUCGGAGUUACUCAUAUUUUUGGCAUUGUUGGUAUUCCAGUAAUCGAAGUGGCCGAGGCAUGCAUCAACCGAGGAAUCAAGUUUAUUUCUUUCCGUAAUGAGCAGGCUGCUACUUAUGCUGCCACUGCCUAUGGUUAUUUAACUGGAAAGCCCGGUGUAUCUUUGGUAGUGGGUGGUCCUGGCGUGGUUCAUGCCAUGGCAGGAAUUGAAAAUGCUAAUUCCAAUCAUUUUCCUUUGCUAUUACUAGCAGGGUCUUCUGAGACUCAUCAAAGAGGAAAAGGUGCUUUCCAAGAGUUGAAUCAGGUCGCUCUUCUUUAUCCACAUACUAAGUUUGCCAAUCAACCUUCCACAGUGAAAUCUGUCCCUUAUAUGAUCGAGAAAGCUUAUAGAACAUCAUAUUUCGGCAGGCCAGGAUCCACUUAUAUUGAUUUACCGGCUGAUAUUAUCCAGGCUAAACUCGAUAUUAAGAAUCACCAGUCAAAGGAAUCUGUUGUGCAAAAAUUGGUGCCUCCUGGAUUAGCGCCAAAAACUAUGGGCGAUCCAGAACGAAUAAGACGAGCUGUUAAUGUCCUUAAAACCGCCAAAUCUCCACUUCUUAUUGUAGGUAAAGGUGCUGCGUACGGACGGGCUGAAAAUAUCAUUCGUCAAUUUCAAGAACGCACCAACAUCCCAUUUUUGCCUACUCCCAUGGGCAAAGGAGUCAUCCCUGAUGAUAACAGUUUAAACGUUUCUGCUGCGCGAUCUGCAGCUCUUAAAAAUGCUGAUGUUAUCCUUUUGCUUGGAGCUCGUUUGAACUGGAUUCUUCACUAUGGUGAUUCACCCAAGUUCUCUGACAAUGUCAAAAUAAUCCAAGUGGAUUCUGCUGCUGAAGAGCUUGGUAACAAUUCCGGCAAUCCCGAACUCGGUAUUGCUGGUGAUAUAGAACUGGUCGUCCAUCAAAUUCUCAACGAACUGACAAGUCAUGGCAAUUCUUCGUGGAGAUCACCUCCUCUGCUUAAAGAAAUUGCCGAUACCAAGGCAUCCAACCAAGCCAAGGCGGAAAAAGUUGAUUCAACCGUGACUGAUCCCAUCAAGUAUCAGGCUGUAUAUAAGACUAUUCGAGAAACCUUUUCAGAAACUCUUCCUUCUAGUAAAGAAAUCAUUUAUGUCUCUGAGGGUGCCAACACUAUGGAUAUUUCCAGAUCUUCAUUCUCUCUCAACAGUCCUCGAACUAGACUGGAUGCUGGUACCAAUGCUACUAUGGGAGUUGGCCUUGGUUAUGCUAUUGCUGCCAAGGCAGCAUCUCCUGAUAGUCUAGUGGUUGCUAUCGAAGGUGACUCUGCAUUUGGUUUUUCAGCUGUUGAAGUCGAAACUGCUGUGAGAUCACAACUUCCAAUGAUCAUUUACGUCAUGAACAACAGUGGUGUGUAUCACGGCGUUGACCCUACUGCUUACGAUAAUGUAGACGACAAGCCAUUACCGUCUACUGCAUUACAAUUAAAUACAGCAUACCAUACUCUUGCCGAGUCCCUUGGUGCCAAAGGAUACUUGGCUAAAACUUUGGAUGAGGUACGAAGUGCUACUCUGGAAGCCAUUCGCAGUGAUAACGUGAGCGUUAUCAAUGUUAUCAUAGACUCUGGAAAGGACAAGAAGCUCGAAUUUGGAUGGAUGGCCAGUACCAAGCCCAAAUUAUAG